UUGUGUAACGUGCAAGCUGUGUGGCCAAAUAUUUGCUUUUAGAUCCUUCAAUGGGCAGGAGAGAUUGCGGAGGAAUUCAGGCCGACCCAACCCUGUAUAGACGUAUUCGCCAGUACCUGUCGAGCUGAAAGAACACACAGACGAUGUUUUGUGACCAUAUGCAUCUACCCGUGCUGACCUUCUCCCUGUGUGCUGGAGGUCUGCUCCUCCUGUGUACCGUCCUGCCGGUCCGGACCGACUCGUCCCUGGGCUGCGACGUCUGGAGAGACGUGUCGCUCUACGCCGAGAAGGACGGAUGCGAGCGGCAACAAAUCAGUGUAGACGCUUGCAAGGGCCGCUGUGAUACUUGGCAGAUCCCGCACCUGACGCCGCCGUUCCGGACGUCCAGCCACACGGUGUGCACGUAUGACCGCGUGGAGACCAGGAUCACGCAGCUGCAGAACUGCCAGCCGGGCGUCGACCCCACCUACGUCUAUCACAACGCCGUGUCCUGCAGGUGCGCCAUGUGCCACGCCCACAACACGUCCUGCGAAACGUUAGUAUAAGUGGGUUCACACGCGCGUAUGUAUUCAAGUCCGUAUGAGGUCCGUAUGGAAUUCUUAGCCUCUACCAGGCUCCACAGGUCGCUGGGAAAAUAGUAGAAAUUGGACAAAUAUAGACAGAUAACAUUGCGAGAGGAGUUAGUUGUCAGAGGACUAUGUUUUGUGACCUAACUAACUCCGCUGGCAUGCUAUCAAUCAAUUUUUCAAUGUUCUGUUAUUUUUUCCGGCGACCAGUGGAGCCUAGUAGAGGCUAAGUCCAUACGGAUAUCAUACGGACUUGAAUAUAUACUAUGAUACGCACGUGUGACCCGGUUGGCUUAUGAGCGGGGGUGACCGGCCAAGUCUGGCGAGGCGAGCGGCCACAUGGAAACUACCGACGAACAAAUUGGAAGACGAUUGCGGAUGAUAGAUCUAUAGAUCAGAGAGACGAUUUACUUUAGGACUCUUAGUGGUAGUAGUGAAGCUUUGAUUCAACCUCAAAUUUUAAGGUGGAGUUCAUAGUCAUUCGACAUUGGCGACCAGUAGUUUGCCUUCCCUCAACAGCAUAGAAAUUUGUAUGUAUUUCAUGUAAAUCUAGAUGAUAAUUGACUGCAAAUGAAUCUCACCCUUUUCGAAUCUCGAAACAGAAAUGUCAGCGCUAAGAUCGAGAAUGUACUACCGCGGGUCGGAUGGUAUUAUGCCCCCAACCCCCAAUUAAAGAGAAAAACAAUUAAGGAUAAAUAAUGUCCACCUGUCGUGAAGAUGGGCAAAAGACUUUAGUAAAUGAAUGUAACAGUUAUAAAUGUUACGUUUGACCAGCAGCUCUCAUGAUGUUCUGAAACCUACUUUGUCCCAGAAAAUGGAGUUGUAUUUGAGUUUCAUGCCACGAAACACAAAUAAAUGUUGAGCUAUUGCACACGAA